AAAAAAGAAUAAGAAAAGUGGAAAAAUAUUAAUUUAACUUAAUUAAACAGGAAAUAUUUCCUUUAAAGUAGUUAAGAAUCAUAAACUACUAAUGCAAAUUGUGUUCACAAUAAAAACUUUCUAAAUAUUUUGGUGCUCAUCCAUAGAACGAAGAUUAUUUUUGUCGACCAAACCCAUUAAAAAGAAUCUAAAUUGGAAUUUAAAGAUGUUUUCGUCCAAUCUUGAGCUAUCGAAUGCUCAACAGAAUCUGGAAGUAAUUAAACAAGCAGUUAUUGACUCGGGCGAUGCUAGUUUACAGCUCGAUACACUUGAGGACUUAAAUUCACUACUUUCAUUACUGGAUGAUCCAAUUUUUCGGGAUUUAAUCAAGAUCCAGGACGUUAUAUUAGAAUUAAAUGGACAAUUACAGCAACAUCCCUCAAUUCUUCCAGCUGAUUUUGAUAUUGUCCCGACCACAGGCGAACUUGUUCUAAAUGUAUCAAGAAAUUCAGAUAUUUAUGAAGGCGAAUAUGACGAGCAAAGAGUUCCAUCAGCUCAAAUAUCACCGCGCAGUCUUAACAGCCCAUCCAAAUAUAAUGGUGAACAAUAUCAUUCACUUGAGCGUAAAAACAAACACGAUAUAGAAUUAAUGACGCGUGAACCUACGGAACGUCCACAAUCGGCAAUUAGUAACAAUUCUAAACAAAAUGUUGACAUUAUGUCAAGUGAAUGGGCUCAAGUGCAAGCACUUGAAUUGGUAAAUGAUGGUACUGGCCUCGGAUUUGGUAUCGUUAGUGCUAAAAGUUCUGGAGUUAUAGUAAAGACAAUUCUUCAAGGUGGUGUAGCUGAUCGUGAUGAAAGAUUACUGUCUGGUGACCACAUUUUACAAAUUGGAGAUGUUAAUUUAUUCGAUAUGGGUUCCGAACAAGUUGCAUCAGUUUUACGUCAGUCAGGUACGCAUGUAAGACUUGUCGUUGCUCGUGCUGUCGAUCCAAUGAAAACAAAUCAAGAUGUUGAUGGUGAUUCUGCUAUAGUACCAUCAAGACUACUCUCAGAUCCCCAAGAAUUACAAAGGUACUUAAUUGCAGCUGGAUAUCCAGAAAUAUUUGGAUUCUUGCCAAGCUCAACCCCAUCUUCACCCUCAAUGCAACAUCAAAAAUUCACAUUUAAGAAUGAAAGUGAAAUUACGUUGGAACUUCCAGAAACGGAAAAAUUUACAGUAGAACUAAGAAAGGAUUCUCAUGGAUUGGGUAUUACAAUUGCUGGCUAUGUCUGUGAAAAGGAAGAAUUAAGUGGAAUUUUUGUUAAAAGUGUCGCUCCUGGCAGUGCUGCUGAUUGUGGUAAAAUUCAAGUUAAUGAUCGAAUUAUUGAAGUCGAUGGACAGUCAUUGCAAGGAUUUUCAAAUCAUCAAGCCGUUGACGUAUUAAAACAAAGUGGAAAUGUCGUUAAAUUAGUCCUAGAAAGAUAUCUUCGUGGAUUGAAAUUUGAGCAGCUACAGCAAGCUAUUGCAGCUAAUGAGAUCAAUAAGCCAACAACACCUGUCAAGCCAUUUACUUCCAUAUCGCCAGCAUCAUCAUCAAGACGACAAUCAUUUAAUGACGAACGGAAGAUUCUUAUGGCUAGAGAUUCUCUUGAGACUCGAACGGUUGCACAAAGUGUCUUGAAUGACUAUACAGGACAAGAGUCAAGCGUUGAUAAUGAGGAGGAUUUAAUUAAUGAAUUAAGCAAUCAUCACAUUCAUUCUACACCUAAACAGCACCACAAAUAUUAUGUUGAGCCAAAAUUAUCAAAAGAUCAAGAACUUGCUAUAAUGAAGAAAUGGAAGUCUGUACUCGGUACAGAAGAUGAUAGCAGGAUUAUUGUGGCUCAAAUUAAAAAGUUUGCAGCAUCAAGUGGACUUGGAAUCUCAUUGGAAGGAACUGUCGAUAUUGAAAGUGGCGUAGAAGUGCGUCCACAUCACUACAUCCGAUCUAUACUACCCGAAGGACCUGUCGGUCAAAAUGGCUUACUACAUUCUGGCGAUGAACUUCUGGAAGUAAACAACCAACGACUUUUAGGCAUGAAUCAUAUGCAAGUCGUUUCCAUUCUCAAGGAACUUCCUCAAGAUGUAAGAAUGGUAUGCCGUCGUGGAAUAACAGAGAUCAUAUCAUUCACUGAAGACAAUUUCCGUAAUUCACUACUCGAUCAUGGAAAUGCAAAUGACAGCAAUAACAAUUCGAAUUCUUCUUUACUAUCUGAUCGAUUAGUAAAGGCUAAGUCUGAUGGAAGUUUGGCAACAGCAGUUGGAAAUGUCGAUGGUUUCAUAAAAAUGAAGUCUCGUUCAUUAGAACCACUGACUGGAUUAGCUAUGUGGAGCAGUCAACCACAAAUAAUUGAACUGAUUAAAGGAGAAAGAGGCCUCGGAUUCAGUAUUUUAGACUAUCAGGAUCCACUUGAUCCAAAUGACACACUUAUCGUUAUUCGAUCGCUUGUACCAGGCGGUGUGGCUCAAAUUGAUGGACGAUUAAUUCCUGGGGAUCGAUUAUUGUUUGUUAAUGACACAAGACUUGAGAAUGCUUCACUCGAUCAAGCAGUUCAAGCAUUAAAAGGUGCACCGAAAGGAAUUGUGAGGAUCGGAAUCGCCAAACCAUUGCCCAUGACUGACUUCGUUGAGAAUAGAAAUUAUUCAGCAACCGAAAGUUUUCAGGAUGAAUUAAAGAUGAGGAAAUCGAUUCCUGACUUAAUUAAAGAAUGAGAUGCACAGCAAUUGUUAAAACUUCUUUUAUCGAUUCAUGAGUUUGUGAAAUAUGUUGAGCAGCAUGAAAAGGACGUUAUCGUUAUUUAAAGAGAAUUCUAUUUUAUUUAAUCACAUUCCUAGUAUUAAUGGAUCAUUCCUGGCAUGUCUAUGAAUUUAUCCAAUGAAAAUAAUAUUCGUCUGUGCAAUUAUGUUAACUGUAUCUUCCAAUCUUAAGUAUUCAUUUUAUCUCUCUCACUUGCUGACCUAUUUUUUAUUGUUCAAGUAUUAGAAGAUUUAUAUGCACGACUUUAUGCCAUUAUGACAAUUUAUUUUGUUUAAAAUAAUAUAUGAAAGAAGUUUAUACUUAAUGACUACCUAAAAUACGUUAAAUGAC